UUUUUAAGAAGGGGUGGUUUAAUUGCUCCCCACCUUCCUGUGAGAUUCAUUAUAACAACAGACUGAAGUUACAAAGAUAUCAUUUGGCGAGUUAAAAGACUAACAACGGGGAAAAUUUUUAUUGGAAUAAUUUCCUCUCUUCAAAGCAGCGGCUGGCAUCCUCAGAGAGGUUUCCUUUGAAAUACCCCCACUGACAACAAAUAAAGAGCAGCGACAACAAUUGUGUUGGAGAAUCACCGUUUCCUGUCCGGCUCAUAGCCGAGGAUUAAAUUAAAUUAACUGCAUUACAUUAUCUGGAUCAUCUUGACAAAAGGGAUUUUUUUCCUCAGCCAUUCGCGGGGAUGUAGAUGCAUGCACACACUCUCCCACGCACGUAUACACGCGUUUCAUUACCAACGGGGAAGGGAAAUCAUGCAACUCGGCUGAAUUACUGUUGCCCAUUGCGUUGUGCCAGAAAAUAUUUCCUGUGUCUUGGGCGGCUCCGUUUUACUGCUUUUGACUCAGUCCUGGAGGUAGACGGUUCACUGAGGGGGAAUCUCUUGUUCCCCGGUUUUGUUUCUAAACCAGCAGAUCCUCCCUUCUGGAGACGGUUGGUCAACUUCCCAGUUUUAAGCGUUUCUUAGACACCGCCUGUACACCGCCCGGUUUCUUUGCUUUCCAUUCUGCGGUGGGGCCGGGACAGAGACCUCAAGCUCCUGGCAAGAGGGUGAAUGAACUGGCUACCCCUGGACAGACCGCGGGUUUGGCAAGUUAACUUUUCGAGGCUGCCUCUUGGCCCCCAGCGGUCAGCUGCCCGGCGCCCGGGGUCUCUCCUUGGAGUCAUUCAUUCCUUUAGGUGGGAAUACCCAGCUCGACCUACAGACUCACCACGAGCACCCACUUCCUCUCCGGGGGUUACCCGAGGGCAAUUCCUCCCCCCACCCCCCUCCUCCGUUUUGGCGCUGAGGAGGAGAGCUGCCGGUGGCCAGUUGCCAUCUGCUAGGCUCGGCGGCGGCGGCGGCGGCGGCGGAGGUGUGUGCGGGGGAGGGGGGUUGUUUGGAACUUUGCUGGCUCGGUAGCGGCGGGUCCCAGGGGAGAAGGCCGUCCGCCGCUCGCUCAUUGGUCGCCGCGCCGUCAGCUGGUGCGAUUUGCUGCUGUCGCUUUUGGCGCUCGGCCAUCCAGAAACAAACCACUCGCAUGACUACUAAUAGUUAUAGCCAGAUGUACUAAUACACAACAAAUCACGGUCCGGGAUCUGGGGAGCGUCCAUGAGUUCCUAUUUCGUGAAUCCCGCUUUCCCGGGAAGCUUGCCGAAUGGGCAGGAGUCCUUCCUGGGGCAGAUCCCCGUCUACCACCCCGCGGCUGGCUACGAGGCUCUGAGGCACUUCCCAGCUUCUUAUGGGGCCGGCAGCCUGCAGGAGAAGCCCUACACCUCCCCUUGCUUCUUCCAACAGUCCAGCCCCAACACGGUCAUCGCCUGCAACCGGGCAUCCUAUGAUUAUGGAGCCUCCUGCUUCUACUCGGACAAGGGCCUGGGCGGUGCCUCCUCGCCCCCCGGCAAUGGCAAGCCAAGGGCCAGCAACCCCGGGGACUACUUGCCCUGCUUUGCCUCUGACCAGCAGUACAAGCCCGAAAGCGGGGCAGCCAAAGCCCUGAACGAGGAAGGCAGCGACCGGAAGUACACUAGCCCUGUUUACCCUUGGAUGCAAAGGAUGAAUUCGUGCACUGGUACAGUAUACGGGACGCACGGGCGACGGGGCAGGCAGACCUACACCAGAUUCCAGACGCUAGAGCUAGAGAAAGAAUUUCACUAUAACAGAUACUUAACCAGAAGGCGACGGAUUGAGAUUGCAAACGCUCUCUGCCUUACCGAACGACAGAUUAAAAUCUGGUUUCAAAACAGGCGGAUGAAGUGGAAAAAGGAAAGCAAAUUGAUCAAUUCCACCCAGCCUGGUGAAGAGGAAUCAGAGGAAAAAUCAGGGGAGUAAAAGCAUGCUUAAGGAAAGUGAAUAAACCAUCCAUUGAUAGCUUUUUCUUCUUCUCCAUGCCUCCCAGUUGACACACACACACACACACUCACUCACUCACUCACUCACACAGAGCCCUACACAUUCCUUGGGUUAUUGUUCUUUUUGUUGUUGUUGUUGUUGUUGUUGUUGUUGUGAUGCAGAUGUUCCCAACGGCUUAAUUAAAAUAUAUACAUAUUUAUAUAUCUAUAUACAUUUGCAGUAAACGGUGACUUUCUUUAUCAGUGGAAUUACCGACAGUAGAAAAACUUGGUAAUCAUAGUCAGGUUUCCAGACUAUAGAUUUAGGUGCUUAAAUGCUUCUGAUAUGAGCAAGUGUCUUUAUUUCCCUUUUUUUUUUUUUUUAAAGUUUUAAGUGUUUGUAUGAAGGUCUACCAUUUGAUGGUCCGGCUUCAAGGCAAAAGAAACAGCCAGACCCGGGUUCAUAGAG